UACAUAAUGGUACAGAUUCUAAUGCAAGUCAGGCUUCUGUUUCUUUUGAAUCACCUGCAGAAUCCUCAUCUCCUCUCUGCAGCCAUGGUCCAGAGCUGGAUUUGAGUUUCAAGUGUGCCAUGAGACCAUGCCAGGGGCAGGUUUGACAUCAUGUUCACUCUAGCCCUUCAAUCCCUAAAGAAAGGGUUACACUUUAGAGCAGGCACUGCUGGCGUGUGUGCUGGUACAGGUGCUAGCUAAUCACUUCCACCUGAAGGUCCUCUGUUCCACCACAUAAGAAGGCCUCUUACUCUUUCCUGUGUCUUUCAAUCUGAGCAAUGAAGCCUUUCCUGGGCCUACAGGGACUCCUCCUGCUUCUUUCCUUUAUGAAGACUUGUGCUGAUGAUUGGUCAGCCAUUCGUCUGCGAUGUGCCAAUCACUGGUUCUAUCUCAGGAUCAAGGCUACGGUAUUUCCCAAUAUUUUUAUGGAACCCGAUGAAGUGUUUUUAGGAUUUGGCUGCCCUGUGACCACUGUCUGGCCAAACGAUGUCUAUGACUUUACCUACCCUACUUAUGCCUGCGGCAUUGUCAAUAAAGUUCUUUAUGACAUCACUCUGCUUCAGACUAAACUUACAUAUAUCUCAAAAAAUGCUUCUCUACGAGCUGAGAUGGGUUUGUCCUGUGUUCUGCACAGUCGGUAUCCUCUUUUCUGUGAAGCAGAAAGCAGAGGAGAUUUCACUGGUAAUCCUCCUGAAUGGGCAGUAGACAUGAGGGUAAGGAGAGAUGAUCAAGCUGCUCCAACGGUGCCGCCAAACUUUGCAAUAUGAAGUGAAGACCAUCGGGUGUCCCAGGAGCCUCAGGCCUCUGGAAGGAGCAGGCCUGAGCUUGCUGAAGUAUCUAGCUUCAUUGAUCAAAACUUAUUGGUUCUCCAUUUCUCCAGAAUGCAGAUGGCCUCAUGAUUUCUUAUCCCCCUUUUAAAAAGAGACUAAUUUGCAAUUUUAAAUAAAGUGGCAUGUGACCUUCAUAUAUUCUUAUUUUUAAGAAGGAGCUGUCCCUGCUUUU